AUGGCCUCCUCCAAAGUGACCAGCCAGCUCUCUCAAGCACAGAACAGCGCCCCCGCCCAACGUACCGAUGCCUACAACACCCUCCUCACCCACAUCAUCACCUCCGCCAGCUCCACCCUCCCCGCCGACCUCACAGCCUACGUCCACUCCAUCCUCUCCGACACCAUCGGCGUCAUCCACUCCCGGCCCCUCCUCUCCGCCUUCGUCGACCAAUUCCGCACUAUAUCAAACAACGAAGCGAAGAUAGAAGCCGGCACCCAAAUCCUCCACCUCCUCGCCCCACGCAUUGUAAGCUACGAACAACAAGACACAGCCCUCAAACACAUCCUCGCCGACGCCCACGAAGCAGAAGAAGACUACGUCGAGUCGGCCAAAGUCCUGCAGACCAUCACACUCGAUUCAAGUCAGAGGACAGUGACAGACGACGACAAAGCCAAAGUCUGGAUGCGCAUUUGCCGAUGUUACCUCGAAGUCGACGACCCAACCAACGCCCUCACCUACCUCAACAAAAUCAAACAAGUCAUCUUCUCCGUCACCGACCAACCCACGCGCCUCCAGUUCCAGCUCUCACAAGCCCGGAUCCACGACUCCCAGCGGAACUUCCUAGACGCCUCCACCGCCUACCUCGCCCUCAGCAACGAAACGAUAAUAGAUGAAGAGGAGAGAUUGCAAGCCCUAAGUGCAGCCAUCACCACCGCUGUCCUCGCCCCCGCCGGCCCGGCACGCGCGAGGCAAUUAGGACGGAUAUGCAAAGACGACCGAGCGUCAGAAACACCGGAAUACGGGAUCCUCGUCAAGAUCUUCCUGGACCGCCUUCUCGACCCCUCGGAAGUCUCCGCUUUCGCCGCCGGUCUCAAGGACCAUCAAUUAGCCAAAACAGCCGACGGCUCCACAGUCCUGGAUCGUGCGGUGCUAGAGCACAAUCUCCUGAGUAUCUCCCGCUUAUACCAGAAUAUCUCCACUGCUUCCCUUGGGGCGCUCUUGGGGGUGGAGAAGGAGAAGGCGGAGGUUUAUGCCGCGGCUAUGAUUGAGAGUCGGAGGUUGGGGGGUUCGAUUGAUCAGAUUGAGGAGAGGAUUUGGUUUGGUGGGGGUGGAGAGGGGGGGAAGGGGCAAGGGGUUGGUUUGAGGAGUUGGGAACAAGGGGUGCAGGGAUUGGCGGAGGAGGUGGAGAGGGUGACGGUUUUGUUGCAGAGGGAGGAGGCGGGGUGGUUUGAGGGGAGGGUCGGGGUUGUUUGA